GCAGGCCCAGGCAGGCCAAAAAAACAAGGUCCGCCGGCGUACCGUUACGCGCGGAGCGUUUUUAGAAUCAUUUGUUGUCGUGCGUCGUCGUGGCGCGGCGGCGGCACCGCUCGUCGGACUGUGUACAAAAGCUCUCACAGAGAGCAUUGUGAGACGCAUUGAUUAAUCGGCCGCCGCGGCGACGCGCGCGGACCAAUUGUGCGCGAUGAAUAGCGCCAUGAAGGCCCUCGCCGCCGAACGCGCCGCGAGGAACGGUAGCGCCCUCCCGCGCCAGACGCCGAAGCCGGCGCCCCAAGGUACCCGCGUCGCGUUCACCGGCCAAAGAAUCAAGGCCGAACCGAAAGCGAUGUUCGACAAAGAACUCAAUAGCGUCCCGCGCGGUCACGAGCCGCGCAUAAUCAAAUUUCCUGGCGGCCGCGCCGCGCCGUUCCGACUCACGACUCGCACACGUGUGACGAGUCACUUGUUGAUUUGCACAGGCCUCGAGGACCUCGUGAAGCCCCUGCCCCCGGGCGACGCCUCGACGGUGCACACGCGCAUCCUCGGCGUCGCCCAGAACAUCCUCGACGCGCCCGACGACAUGUCGGCCAACGGGCCACGAGUAGUUAACAAGGAGAAGUUCCUGCGAGCCCUCAAAGGCGCGCGCAAGCCCGAGGACUUGCUCAAGCGCAUCGGCUUCGCGACGCGCCGCGGCGCCGACAAGCACGGCAAGCAGGUCGACUGGCUCGUGUUGGAUGUGGUCAACGAGACGGAAAACGCGCCGUCGGACCUCCAGAAGCUGAAGCGCAUCGCGAAGGCGAUCCAAGAUGCGGAGGCGCGCAACGCCCCGAAAGCCCACCAGUCGCGCGCGGACGCGGACGCGCAGGACCGGACGCGCAUCCUGCGCAACAUGGCCGAGGACCGCAUGGACGUGAGCGCGAAGAAGCCCAAAAAGACCGCCCCUACGCCUCCGCCUCCGCCGCAGCUGAUCGUGCGCGUCCGAAGGGCCGACGGGUCCGUGACACGCGUGGCCUUCGACGGCGCCCCGACGCUCGACGACCUCCGCGCGCGGAGCGGCGCAGCCGAGCUCUUCGCCGACGAGGCAUUGACGCGGGCGUGCGCCGCCGCGGACCUGGUGCACGGCGCCGUCGUCUACGCUCCGCCCGACGGUGACGCCGUGGCGGACGGGGAGGAGGGCGGCGACGCCAUGGUGGGGGAGGAGGAGGGCUAG